UCAUAAAAAGGUUAUAUUGGUACUCAGUUCAUAUGCAGCCGUUGUGUUUGUUAUAUUAUCUAAAACAUUUUUGUUAUCAAUUAUUAUCACAUAGGUGUUGAAUUUAUUGAGUUUCACAGGUUUAUUUAGUUUAUCACGGCCAUGUAGCUUUCACUACAGAAUAUUGAUCCAAACAAAUUAGUUGGUAAACAGGUAAAUACAAUUUAAAAAAAUGUAUUUAAUUCAAAACUGUGAAAUUAUGAAAAACUAAAUUUGUAAUUAUUGAACAUAACAUAAUUAUUAACAUUAUUAAGAAAUUUGUCAAAUGUAGUGUGUUUACAAAUUGAUAAGUACUGAAUGGAUACAUUUGAAAAAAACUUUACUUCUUCAAGUAAAACCAUAACUAAUGAUAAAAGAAUUGAUGCAGAUUCUAUGAUUAAAAAUAUAAUAUCUCAACAAGAUACAUUUGUUAUUAACAAAGAUCAUCAAUUAUAUUCGAAUUUGCCAAAAUGGAUGAUACCAAAGUCUGGUUUUGUACACCCAUUAUAUGAGCAGAUAUGGCAGUAUGUAAAAUCUGAUAAACGAGAUAGAACAUGUGAUACUAAUUUAGUUUCGCAAUUAUUGAUGACUAGUGGUCUACCUGUUGAUAUUCUUGGUAGAUUAUGGUCAAUGGCCAACAUUGGUAUUGAAGGAUCAUUAUCACAACAAGAACUUUAUGUAAUUUUGGCUUUGAUCACACUGGUUCAGAAUGGAUAUUCAGUAUCUAAUAUAUCAUUGUUGCAACAUAUUCAUAAACCAAUAAUUCCACAAUUAAAUUAUACCUUAGUAGAGAAAAAACAUUAUUCAACAACUGUAAAACCUAUUGUUGAACACAAACCACAAGUAAACAAUAAAUUAAAUAAGGUACAAAAAAUAAGUAAUGAACAACAUGUAUAUACUAAAUGCUUUCAAGAAUCAAAUAUUAAAGUUUUUCCCACUGAAGAUUAUGACCCUUUGGCAGUAACAUUUAUAAAACCAAAAAGCCAAAUGUCUAAAAUCAUACCACCAUUAACUGCUAACCAAGAACCAAAAUCUUUAGAUUUAGCACUAGUUGAUGACAGUUUUGAAACAAUUGAUGAUGAGUUUUCAGAUUUCCAGUGUGCUCAAUUUACAAACAUUGAUAGUAAGAAUAAUCAUGAUUUUACUGAUUUUCAAUCAGCUUUUGGCACAUUAUCUUUUAAAGAAAGCUCUAAGAGUAUUGAACAAGAUUCUGAAUUGUUAAAUGUACCAUCAACAAACAUUGUAUCAAAUACUUUAGGAAACCAACAACAUUUGAUUAAUUACAAUGAUAAUAUUCAUGAUAAGUAUGAAGUAUUUCGGACUUUGGCAGCAGAAAAUGAUGAUGACGAUAAACAUAUAUUACAUGAAAAUUAUGAUGAUAUGAAAGUAAAACCAAUUAAAAAAAUUGAGAAUAAUGUUCAGAAUUAUGAAAUGUAUGAUGACGAAUUUGGUGAUUUCUUAUGUGUUGAAGAAGUUUCAAAUAAUAAGUCAGAAAUUGAAGUAGAUUGGAAAAAUGUACAAAUACAAUGCAUAAAUAAAUGUUUGGAAUUCCUGCAACAAGGGUUUUCUACAUUUUCAUGUAUACAAAAUGAAAAAAUACUGAUGGAAAUUAUAAAUCAUGAUAAAGGAGUUAAAUACUUAAAACAAUUAAAUUUGAUCAGCCAAGUCUGCAAAAGAAUACUUCAAAACUGUAAUUGUCCAUCAUUAGAAGAUAAUUUUACUAAUAUUUUGUCAAAAUUGGAAACAUAUUUCAAUUAUUUUAUUGAUGAAUCUAUUAACAUUUCAGAGGUUUUGAACUUAACCAAGGAAAUCAUACCAUGUUACUUAUGCAAGUGUGAUUGUAGUACAGAUUCUAUUGAAUACAUGUUGAACUAUUAUCAUUCAUCCUGUAUAAAUUUUUUGGUUAAUUUUGUUCAAACAUCUCAACUUUCAGUUUCUACAAGUAUAAAAUAAGUGCAAUUAUAUUUUAAGAAUGAAAUAAAGAAAAUUUAUGAAUGAAGUCGACAAAGAAAUUUCAUGAAAACUGAAUUGUUCAAAUAGUACAAGAUGGAUCACAAAAUGUUAUUAAGAAUUAUUAUUGACAUAGGGGCAGUUAAAUAUUUGCCUAUCAAAUAAUAAAAAUUCUCAAGGAACUUAGUUUACUUAAUGUUGUGUACCAUGUAUUUAUACAUUUUAUGAAAACUAUACAUAUAAAUCUAACCAA